CUCGUAAGCUUCACCGUCCCUCUCCUCAAUUCUCAAACCCACAAACCUCAAAAGGGUUUCUGAAACACCAUCAGAUUUGAAGCAUCAAACAUGAACAGUGUGUUGGAUUCUCCUCUCGCUUUCGACUACGUUAGCUUCGGUUUGAUAAACGUUGUCAAUAGUCUCUGGACUUGGCUCGCCGUCGUCACCGCCACCGUCAGCUUCUGGAGGCUCAGACCUAGAGCCAUCGAGGGCUUGAAGCUCCACUUACCGUCCUCAAACGACGUCGUCAGGAGCUCAAAUGGGUGUUCUCCAUUUCCUGAAACGUCACCGCCGCCAGUCACGGCGGAGGAGGAGUUGCCAAGAUCGGUUUCAGCGCCUCCAUCUCGAGCGCAUGCAGCUGUGCCUUCUUCAUCAUCAGGCCUGGGUAGAUUUGAAGAUGACGGAGGUGUGACGAAAGGCGUCAAGUUUACAUUGUAUUUUGAUGAGGAUACAAACGGAGACGUUGGCGGUGAAGGUGAAGGUGAUGGUGACGUAACGGCGCGGGAGACGGAAGAGAGCGGCGGUGAGAAUUGGUGGGAGAGUUGUUUGAGGAUGAGGACGGAGGAGAAGAGCUGGUAUAGGUACCAGGAUUUGACGGUGUUUAACGGCAACGUCGUUAGGUUAUGGGAUGAUAAUCAAGGUUGCAGAGUUAAUUAGACGCUUCGAUUAGAUUUGCUGUAAGGUUAGGGUUCGAAGAAGAUCGAAUUGUAUAUACAUUUUUGUUGGGUUUCAAUAUCCUUCACUGAAUCAAUGCAAUGUUAA